CUCAACAAAACCUGACAACCCAGCUACCAACCAGACAACAAGAGAUUGAAAUAAACAGACAACAGCGUUACUUCCGCAUUCCCUUCAUCCGUCCGGCAGACCAAUACAAAGAUCCCCAGAACAAGAAGAAGGGUUGGUGGUAUGCACAUUUUGAUGGGCCAUGGAUUGCUCGACAAAUGGAACUUCAUCCUGACAAGGCGCCCAUUCUCCUUGUAGCGGGUAAGGAUGAUAUGGAUAUGUGUGAGCUUAAUCUUGAUGAGACUGGCUUAACUCGAAAGCGAGGUGCUGAAAUUUUGCCAAGACAGUUUGAAGAAAUUUGGGAGCGCUGUGGAGGCAUCCAGUAUCUUCAAAAUGCAAUUGAAAGCAGACAGGCUCGUCCUACGUAUGCUACAGCUAUGCUGCAGAACCUGUUGAAGUAAACGGUCGUUCUGCACAGUAUGUUCGAGAUGAGAACCCUUGCCCGUGAUACAAAGGGAAGAGUUCCUCUGUGCAACAGAGGGCGUAAACAUUCUAUAAUCAUAUUAGAGAUGUUUAAUAUAAAGUGAACAGAUUUUAUUAAUCAUGUGGCUUGUUAAUUUGUACUUUAUGAUGUUUAAUUUGUGUAGUGAACUUUACUAGGUAUGAGGACCUUGAAGAAAUUUCAGUCAGUGUAGUUGGUUGCAUUUUGUUUUUAUGUCUCAUUUUCUUUAACAGUUUCAGAUGUAUCUCGUAACACUUUUAAGCAAUCUGUCUAUACUUGGGUACAUAUUACAAAGAACUGCAUUGCAACCACCUUGUGAUAAAGUCCCCACUUUAAGACACUGAAUAGUUUGCUUCAAGUGGUGGCGUAGUAAAGAGGAUAUGCUGUUUCUAAUAACUGGAAUUGUGAGGCCUUAGCUUUGACUUCUGUUCUGGAGAAGUUGGAGUAUACUUUUAUAUAAUCUGAGACAUUUUAUGUCCUGAUUCGCAAACUGGGUAGUGUC